GCCUUUGAAAGCAAAACACUGCAGCACCCAGGCAGCUCCUGAGUUGGGGAAGGAAUUAAGGAGACUGUACCUCCGGGUGGUGUGGAGAGUCUAAGUCGUUUCUCAGAAACCUGGGAUAGGUGGGCCUCAGAGGAGACGCCGCCCCGAGCACCACCUGGACAAGGAAUCACACUGUCUGCUUGGGAGCGACCGAACUUGGCACCUCUCUGCGUGGAGGUGAGAGAGAAGCUGUCCGCCCUCCCAUGGCUGGUGAGAGGAGGUGAACCCGCCGGGGAAGAUGGUCUCCAGGGUUGGCCCCGCGUAGCAGCAGCAGCUCCGGCUCCCAGGCUGGGCCCAGGGAAUGUGGCUGUAGGACACCAUGGACCGAGCCCACGGCGCGGCCCUGCAGCUGCGCCAGCUGCCACCCACAAGCAGCGCGCACCCGCUCACCGAGCUUUCCUUCUCCUACAAGGAGAACUUGAUCGGCGCCCUUUUGGCGAUAUUCGGGCACCUUGUGGUCAGCAUUGCACUUAACCUACAGAAGUACUGCCACAUCCGCCUGGCAGGCUCCAAGGACCCCCGAGCCUACUUCAAGACCAAAACAUGGUGGCUGGGCCUGUUCCUGAUGCUGCUGGGCGAGCUGGGAGUGUUUGCCUCUUACGCCUUCGCUCCGCUGUCGCUGAUCGUGCCCCUCGGAGCGGUCUCCGUGAUAGCUAGCGCCAUCAUAGGAAUCAUAUUCAUCAAAGAAAAAUGGAAACCCAAAGACUUUCUGAGGCGCUACGUCUUGUCCUUCGUCGGCUGUGGUCUGGCCAUCGUGGGCACCUAUUUGCUGGUGACAUUCGCCCCUAACAGCCACGAGAAGAUGACAGGCGAGAAUAUCACCAGGCACCUCGUGAGCUGGCCUUUUCUCUUGUACAUGCUUGUGGAGAUCCUCCUGUUCUGCUUGCUGCUCUACUUCUACAAGGAGAAGAACGCCAACAGCAUCAUCGUGAUUCUUCUCCUGGUGGCGUUACUGGGCUCUAUGACGGUGGUGACCGUGAAGGCCGUGGCCGGGAUGCUCGUCUUGUCCAUACAGGGGAACCUGCAGCUCGACUACCCCAUCUUCUACGUGAUGUUCGUGUGCAUGGUGGCCACCGCUGUCUACCAGGCCGCGUUUUUAAGUCAAGCCUCGCAGAUGUACGACUCCUCUUUGAUUGCCAGCGUGGGCUACAUUCUGUCCACUACCAUUGCCAUCACGGCAGGCGCAGUGUUUUACCUGGACUUCAUCGGGGAGGACGUACUGCACAUCUGCAUGUUUGCACUGGGGUGCCUCAUUGCAUUCUUGGGCGUCUUCUUAAUCACACGUAAUCGGAAGAAGGCCAUUCCAUUUGAGCCCUACAUUUCCAUGGAUGCCAUGCCAGGUAUGCAAAACAUGCAUGACAAGGGAAUGACAGUUCAGCCUGACCUCAAAGCUUCUUUUUCCUAUGGGGCCCUGGAAAACAACGACAACGUUUCAGAGAUCUACGCUCCCGCCACGCUGCCCGUCAUGCAAGAGGAACACAGCUCCGGGGGUGCCUCUGGGGUGCCCUACCGAGUCCUGGAACACACCAAGAAGGAAUGAGCCCGCCUUGAAGGAGACUGCAUUUCCCUCCAUUGAUAACUGCUCUCAAGUCAGGCCGACAGUGAGCAGUUCGACCCUGAAUUCUCAAGUUUGCCUUUCAAGUUCUUUUUUUUUUUUUUAAACAGAGAACUCUCUAGAAGGGGAUCUCGGAGACCCUUUGUCUCUGGCAAAGAAUAUAUUAUCUUGGUCUCAGAGGUUUCAGAUGACUGGGUGGGGGGUGGGGGGGGAUGAAACCUGUAUUCCCCCUUCCCCGGGGUUGGAGGGAGUGCAGAGUUCAGACUCUGCCUGGUUCUGUCCAGCCCGCUUGGGAAAGCAGUCAUGAUCCCUAAGGAUGGUAACUGAGCUUCCUCUGGCAGUGACCAAAGAUUGCCGUGUUCCUCGGGGCUAAAGCAAGGCAGACAUUCCGCUCUCACUUGCCACAUCCCGUGAAAGGCUAGAGACCUCAGAAUCUAAUCUUCCCUUGCCUGAUCCUCCCCAUCUCACUCAUCAUUCCACAUUUCCACUAACAUCUGUGCUGUCAUCCCGAAGCAUAGUAAGGCCAGCCCUGGGAACAUCCUAUCAUUCACCUGUAGAAAAUACACUUCGGCCUUCCAGUGGUCUGUGCCCUUCCGGAGAAAACAUGCGUGGUGUGUUUGUAUUAGAUCUGCUCUGAAAACUAAUUUGGUUUUGGUUCUGUGAACUAUGUAAUUGCUUUUCUCCU